AUGGUCACCGAGUUGGCCCUCUGUCAGUCGUUCCACACUACGUACGCUGCCGAAAGUUAUGCCGAUCCGGUGGCGGCAGGGACGUACAGCAUGGGGUUCAAAUCGAGCACAGAUGCCGACUGUUCGGCCCAUUGGGGCCCCGACAACUCCUGCCAGCACGUAUACGGCCAUAAUACUAAGCGGCUUACGGGCGUCACAAUCGAGGAAUGCAUGAUUGCAUGCUGCAACGCUCAGGCGCGGUACGACUUCGUCUGCCUCUCGUUUGACUGGUUUGCAGUCGAGGGGAGCACGUGCGAUCUGAGCGACGAAGGGCCCUCUACUGUCGGCCUGACGGUCAACGGCCAGCACGUAGACGGCCAUAAUACUAAGCGGCUUACGGACGUCACAAUCGUGGACUGCAUGAUUGCAUGCUGCGACGCUCAGGCGCGGUACGGCUUCGUCUGCCUCUCGUUUGACUGGUAUGCAGACGAGGUUGUAGAGCAGGAAAGCACGUGCGAUCUGAGCGACGAGGGGCCCUCUACUGUCGCCCUGACGGCCCCGGGAGUUAACGGUGGAGAAUAUGACAACUACGCGCUGGUGCCCUUGCCGCCGCCCGAUGCAGGACAGGCGAACGGCGAUCCCCACCUGAUGCUGGCUCACGGAGGCAAGGCGGACUUCCGCGGCACCGACAAGGGCAUCUACAACUUCCUCUCGGCCGAGAACCUCUCGCUCAACAUGAUGACAGAGUUUGCCGACUUUUACCUGCACGACACGGACCACCCCCGCCACAAGCUCGUGCACGGCUCCUUCCUCACGCAGGCGCACAUCGUUGCGAAGACCGGCGGCGGGCGCACUGUGCGCGCUUCGUACUGGGCGAGCAAGAUCGGUCCGCUCAACAUCGGGUGGAUGAACGCGACCAUCGACCGCCAGCAGGCCUUCGCGCUCGGGCCGCACACGACCAAGGUGGUCGACGAUGUCACGCUGCACAUGGACUACUCCUCGCUGCAUGUCACCACUGGCGAGUGGGAGCUGGCGGUCACACCGCAGGCUGUCGAACGCUCGGUGGCGGGGCCCGUGCGGCGCAUCGAUGUGCAGAUGACGCCACGCGUCGCCGAAUCCCAGUUAUCCGUGCCGCCCCACGGGAUGAUUGGCCAGUCGUGGGACGGCGACAACAAGGCAGUCUUCGGUGAGGAGGACGAGUUCCCUGUGCGCGGCGAGUACACCACGAGCGCGAUGGCCGAGGGGGCUAUCGAAGGCGUGCCGACCGACUACCUGAUGUCCUCACCCUACGCCACAGACUUCAAGUACUCGCGCUUUGGCCUCGACCAUGCCUCCCCGCGCGACGUGUCCAAGCUGACCGGCCGCAUCAAGGCAGCUAGCCCUCAGGCUGCUAACGGUGCCGGCGUCGUGGAGAAGGAGAUGGAGUUGUCGGCAGGGCAGGUUUCCUGA